AUGCCGGUCCUGUCUCGCUACACGCUCCCGUCGACGGGCGAGGGUUAUUACAACCUUCCCGAGCUCAGGUCUACCGUCGGCCAAGCCAUAUUAUUCUCUUUCUUGUUCUGUUUUCUUACGGUCGUAACCGUCGCAACAAUACGCUCUCUCUGGCGCAACGACCUCCGCACAUGGACGAACCGUUUGAUGCUCGCCCUCCUGCUUUCCAUGUACGCCAACACGACCGUGAUGUUCGGUAUCUUCAUGUACGCUACCCGACGCGUGGUGAACUCGCUGGGCCGGGACGGCAACGUCAACCUCAGGGUUGACACGGAGGCCCAAGACAAUAUUGGAUAUAUAUUCUUCGCGUUCUUCGCCAUCAAUGCUAUCUGGGGCGACAUAGUACUGAUACAUCGUACCUGGGUCUUGUGGCGAGGCAACAAAGCCAUCCUCUCAAUCUCCGUGCUCCUGCUCCUCGCCGCCAUUGGCACAUGGAUCACCGCGAUCCUCAUCGACGGCGGCCUCUACAUCUCCUCAGCACCAUCUAUGGCCGUCAGCGGUUGGUCCACCUUCGCCAUCGCCUUCAAGACGACGCAACACUGGCGUAUGCGACGCGCCCAAGUCCAUAUCGUGUCCCGGCGUACCAAGCUCGAAGACGUCCUGACCACCCUCAUCGAAUCUGGGCUGGCAUACACUAUUCUCUGGGCGGUCUUCUUCGCUGAGACACUGGUAUCAUCCGGAGAUGAGCAAGGGACGAAUAACGCGCUGGCCUGGUUGCAGGUCAUUAUGGCUAUCGCCGUGCCCAUAUACCCGAUGUGGAUCCUUAUGGUCGUGGCGAGCGCGAAGGAUGAACCGAGUGCAGGCGGUCUGAGGACGCUGGACCCGGUUACGCUGGGCGGCACUACGGUUGACAUUUCCAUGGAGGACUAUAAGGUGGUUAGGACGCAGGAGUCGCCCAGAAUAGGAGGGAGGAGUGCAGAUGCGUAA